GCCCGAGGCCUGGCGCCGCCGCUGCCCCGGGGCCCGAUUGCUAGACUAAAUGGCACCUUGAUCUGAUCUGUAGUGGCACUUCACACCUUCUGUCCUGUGCUCUUUGUAUAAGAGUGCCUGAGAGAAUGAAGAUCAGCACCGAUGAAAGCAGUGAGUCUGAGAAUGAAACAGAUGAAGACGAGGAGGAGGAAGGAGCUCUGUCAGAUGAAUCUGCAAAUGAAUGCCUUAAGAGACUGGAGGCAGAAAAUAAAGCAUCUCAGCUCCACAGCUCUCAGGACAACCAACAGACCCAGAGCCAGGGACUCAAGUACAACGGCCAAGUGAGCAAGAAGUGUUACCAGACCAGCAUUUCCCUCGAAGACCUGGAAGAACAAACAACAGAAGAGUGUGAGCCAGAAGAGACAAGGAGAAAGAAGCGGAAAAAACACAGGCUGCUGUCCAUCAACCUGACCAACUGCAAAUACGAGAGUGUUAGGCGCGCUGCCCGGCGCUGUGGCCUGCGAGAAGUGGGGGAGGAUGAGGAGUGGACUGUUUACUGGACUGACUGUUCAGUCUCCCUGGAGCGUGUCAUGGAAAUGAAGCGGUUUCAGAAAAUUAAUCACUUCCCAGGCAUGGCAGAGAUCUGCCGGAAAGACUUGCUUGCCCGCAACCUCAACCGCAUGCUCAAGCUCUUUCCCAAGGAGUACAGCAUCUUCCCGCGCACCUGGUGCUUGCCCGCAGACUAUGGGGAUUUCCAGGCCUACGGGCGCAUGAGAAAAAACCGGACGUACAUCUGCAAACCGGACAGUGGCUGCCAAGGACGAGGCAUCUUCAUCACACGGAACCCGAAGGAGAUCAAGCAUGGAGAGCACAUGAUCUGCCAGCAGUACAUUGCCAAGCCUUUCCUCAUCGAUGGCUUCAAGUUUGACAUGCGCAUUUAUGUCCUGGUCACCUCCUGCGACCCGCUGAAGAUCUUCGUGUACGAGGAGGGGCUGGCCCGCUUUGCCACCAUGAGGUACAUCGAGCCCAGCAGCAGCAACCUGGACGACAUCUGCAUGCACCUGACCAACUAUGCCAUCAACAAACACCAUGAGAACUUUGUGCGGGAUGACAACACCGGAAGCAAGAGAAAACUGUCCACACUGAACGCCUGGAUGCGGGAGCACAGCUUUGACACCACCUUGCUGUGGCGGGACAUCGAGGACAUCAUCAUCAAGACCCUUAUUGCCGCCCACCCCGUCCUGAAGCACAACUACCGCACCUGCUUCCCCAACCACGUCUCCGGCUGCGCCUGCUUCGAGAUCCUGGGUUUCGAUAUCAUCCUGGACAGGAAGCUCAAGCCGUGGCUUCUGGAGGUCAACCACUCCCCCAGCUUCACCACCGACUCGCGGCUGGACCGUGAAGUGAAGGACGCCCUACUCUGUGAUGCCAUUAGUCUCAUCAACCUGCGUGCCUGCGACAAGAAGAAGGUGCUGGAGGAGGAGAAGAGGCGGGUGAAGGAGCGUCUUCUCCAGGCCCACCAGCCACCACGUGAGGCCAGGCGUGAGCAGCUGGAGAGCAGCCAGGCAGCUUGGCUGGCCCAAGCAGAGAAGUAUGAAAACAGCCACCUGGGUGGCUACCGGCGCAUCUUCCCAUCCCGCGACACGGAGAAGUAUGCGCCCUUCUUCAAGCACAGUGGAUCCCUCUUCCAGGAGACCGUGGCCUCCAAGGCCAGAGAAGAGUGUGCCAGGCAACAGCUAGAGGAGAUUCGCCAGAAGCAGGAGCAGAGGGAGAGCACGGCCAGCAGGAAGAAGCGGGACCCAAAGGAGAGCCUGCAGGGCGAGUCGGCCGGGGAGAGGUCACGCGCGAAGGGCAAGAGCAAGUCCGCCCUCACCCGCAUGGCGUACAGCCGCAGCAAGACGUGGAACCCCAAGAUGUCCUCCUUGCCAUAUGACAGCAUGACUCCCCAAGCCAUAGUGGAAGAGGAGGAAGUGGAGAGGGUCAAAGCUCUCCUGCGCCGGGAAAAUCUCAUCCGGGGGCUGGGCAUUGUGGACCAGCUGACCCGCCUGCUCCGUAACACGGAGCCCAGGCCCGUGGAAAUUCAGAGGCCCCACAUCAACAUCUCAGAAAGCCAGCCCCACUUUCUCCAGGGUGUGUUUAAGAACCAAGAAUCCCAGAGCCUGAUGACCCUUGUCCCCCUGUCCCUCUUCGGGGGCCCAGUCCACGAGCUCGGGCAGCAGAUGGCACAGCAGCCUGCCACCCAGGUCCAGUUGCUGGGCAGCCAGGGCUUCAUCCCAACCAUCCUGGGUGCCUUGUCUGGCCUGGGCCCAGCCCACGCACCCUCCUGCUCCUCGCACUUCAAGCCACAGCUGCACAUCCAGCCGCCCAGGAACGUGAGCUGGCUGGGCACGGCCACGGUCGGGGAGCCCUGCACGCUCGCGCGGAUGCUGAGGACGGGCGGGCGGCGGUUUGCCAGUGCCAGGAACAAGGCAGAAGGCAGCAGCCCCGCCAGCAAGAAGCCGCUCUAUAUGAACUCCGGCUCCCUGAGCUGCCUGUCCCGGCACGGGAAAGCUCCGAGCCACGUGUGCAGCAGCUGCCCCUUCCCCUCCAUGGCGGCCCCCAUGCACCACGCCGACAUGCACGGACUCGCCAUCAGCUCCGCCUCGGCGCCCCUCAUCCGGCGCACGAGUGCGCACCGCUCCCGCACUGUGGCCACGCUGCCCCUCAGCCAGCCCAGGAAAGGGACUUGACUUGAGCAAAAUGGCGCUCCCGGGAGCCAGGAGAGUCGGGCAGGGGCAGCCUGCCGCUUGUGCCUGUGCCAAGAAGGGCGAGGGGGGGAGCAGCGCCUCCAUCCUGCUGUGGCAGUCAGGUGACAGGACCCGGAGACCCAUGUCCCUUUGCGGCAUCCCUUGGCAUCGUUCCACAGCUGAGCCAUGCAGCCAGAUCUCUCCGCCCCUCCAGGAAGCUGCACAUUCUGAGAACUGUCCUGGGGCCUUCGGCAGUGUCUCCACCUGCCCCUCCACAAGCCAGCUUCGCUGUUGUGGAUGCCCGUCUCCUGCUCAAGUCCAGGCCCCUUCCCAAGGACUGCUGUGGGCUGGGAAGGGGAUUUUUGUAGCUGACUUUGUAUUAAAGUUUUAUACAGUUAUACAGCCCUGAGCCUGUCAUCUCCCUCACUAGUCAUGGCAUGUGGUAUUCCUAAAAUCAGAAGAAGAGGCCAGCUAGCUGAGGCCAAAGGCCUGCCUACUGCAGCGUUUUCUUUCCUGCCACAGCUGGGCAGCCUCUGGGAGCCUCGCUGGCAGGACAGGGGAGCAAAAACCCCUCCUGGGCUCUAGUCCCCCUCGGCCACAAAGUUCACUUUGGGCCAGCCUGUGACUCUCAGACUAACCUCUGCCUCACAGGGUUCUGAGAAUAAAAUGGAGUAGAGAAGGACCACAUAAGCUGUCCUGGAUUCCUUGUGAGAGGAGGAGAUGCGGGGUGUAAAGGUCGUAAAUCGGACUGCAGAGGCCCUGGC